AUGAAUUCGGCUAAACAAAAUCAUAGCACGCCAAAAUUAAAGCGUACACUCGCAGCCGAUACUUUUACGCAACCGCUUCCAAUUACUCUAUCAAAUAGCCAACUUCCUUCUUCUUUUCUAAGCACUAUCUUUGGAUAUUUUCAUAAUCUAUUAUCUUUCAAGUCUGCUACUAAUAAAAACUAUCCAACAACAAUUGCAAUUGGGAUUUUUGAUAAAUUUAGUCGUAAUGUGAUAGUUGAGAAUAAAGAACAGGUAGAAUUAUUGUGGAAGUCUGGAUUUUUUGGAAAGGGCACUUUGUCUAGGGGUGAUCCAACUUGGUUUUCGAGGAAUAGUGGAAAAAAUCAUCAUAGAAAAAAUUUGUUCCUUGAGGAAGUCACUAAAAAACGACAUAUUAUUGAUAACCCAAAAGAAAAAGAUGAUGAUGAUGCAGAUGCAAAGUUUCCUCAUUCUUUUAAUGAUAUUGAGAAAUUUCAAUUAACUCUCGAAGAAGCAUUUUUUCUUUGUUUUGGAAUCGGAUCUUUGUUAAUCUAUGACACUAAUCAGAAAUUACUAAGCAUAAAAGACUGCUGGGAUGCUUUUCGUAACGUAGCUGUUACCCAUUAUUGUUAUCAUCAACCAACAUCUAUGACAUCUUUUACCUCAUCAUUAGUGCAAACUGAUAUAAAUCGAUGGGAUAAUCCAUUUGUAAUCCGUUACGUGACUUUUCAUUAUUUUCGUAGCAUGGGUUGGGUUGUUAGAGGUGGCGAGAAAUUUGGCGUCGAUUUCUUAUUGUAUGAGAAAGGGCCAAUAUUUCAUCAUGGAGAAUAUGCUGUUGUUAUAUUACCGGUCUAUUCUAACCCGGAUGACGACCCUUUAAAGAAAUCAACUGGUGAUAGUGCAGCUCAAUCUACUCUACUAUCAUCUACUCUGUUUCAUCAAAAUCUUGCCUUGUCUUGGCAAUGGUUCAUGAGUCUAAAUCGUAUUAGUGCACAAGCCAAAAAGACGAUUGUUAUAUGCUACGUAAUAAUACCGGACACUAAGGAAUAUUCAACCACAGAGUUGAUGACUUCUCCGGAUUGUAUCAGAUAUUAUAAAGUGAAGGAAGUUACGAUUAAAAGAUUCAUCCCGGAACAAAGUCUUAACCAUCCAUAG